UCUAGACUGGCUGAUGUCACGGUCGUGUGAUCAAAGACAGCCUGGGAUAAAAUUCCGACUGUCAGAAAUUUGGGAUGAUCAUCUCACUGUGUGACCGCUGUUACAACCUAUGUCUACUAAUCAACCAAUAGAAACGCAGCAUCAGUCUUCAGUUUUGCACGUUACAGCCAGGGGAGAGUUAUCAUACAGACUGGAAACGUGGAAACGGCUAUCCUGGGUCAUUGUGAGGCACUACAUGGAUGCAGCAGGUCCUGGUCCAGGUCAUUAAUGCUGCACACUCUGAGUGGGCAGGAGAUGCCAGCAACAGGGCACUAGUUCCUCGGCUGGAGGGGAGAACUGUGGAUGACCCUUUCCGAGAAAGACCAGGUCCUCGAAUCUUUGGCUCGCAUCUCCCUCCUGACUUGUUGCCCAAGGGAGUGAAAGACAAACAAAUCAAGGUUGUGUAUGUUUGGAGGAACCCCAAAGAUGUCCUGGUGUCCUUCUAUCACUUUGCCCACAGUUGGGUAUUGCUGGAAACACCUCACAGCUUUGAGGAUUUCUUUCAGCGGUUCCUGGAUGGUAAUGUUUACACGGGAUCGUGGUUUGAUCAUGUGCGAGAAUAUCACAAAGCAAGCGAUCAACUGGACAUCCAUUACGUGCAGUAUGAGAACAUGUUGAAGGAUCUCAGAGGGGAAGUUGUGAAGCUUUGUGCUUUCCUGGGGAAAGACUUGACAGAUGAAGCCAUUGAUCAUGUUGUGGAGAUGUCCACCUUCGAAAACAUGAAGACAGACCCCAAAGCAAACUACAAGGACUUAACUGAAUCCAACCGCUACAUAAAGCAAACCAUGCGCAAAGGUAUAGCAGGUGACUGGAAGGAUGUCUUCACAAUGGCUCAGAGUGAACUUUUUGACAAAGUGUUCAAGGAGAAGAUGAGCGACUUUCCUCUGACCUGCACCUGGGAGAUCAAACAGUAGCUCUUCUUAAAGCUCAGCUCAGCCCUGAACUGAAGAGCAGUUCCCUUAAUACAAGAGGAGUGAUUCAUUCCCUCCUCUGAUUUUUACCUGGCCAGACAUCUGACAUUUGAAAAACAAUGUCCUCAUCUCUUUAUGCGUUAUUAUUGGUAAAAGGGUUGGUUGAUCUUUCCUUAAGUAAUACAAUAGAUCUCUUUCCAAUGAAAUGAUUAAAUAUAAAUGUGUGCUGUUGGCAUCGAUGCCAUAAUUAAAUUAAUUUGCUAUAAAAUACUUAUCUGAAUUUGCUAUCUUGACUGUAUAACUCUUGUUAGGUAUACAUGAAUGUAUAAUUUUAAUAGCAUGACUCGUGCAAGGUUUUUACAUGACUGUAUGUAUUAGUUUUAUGUCUGUUUCUAUUUUGUAUUAUGUUUUAGUCCAUUACAUUUAUGUCUGUUAUGUUUUAUGUCUUUUAUGAA